CGUUGUUCUCGACAUGCCGAACAAGAAAGAGCAAAAAAUGGAAAAAACGAAGAAAGCGGACAAGCCACCGGUGGACCCUCAUCGCGAAUUUCUGGACAUGGACACGGAUGAGGAGGAUUUUGGUCGACAAGAAAGUCCUGAAACCGAGGAAGAACUUCCUUCCGAACCGAUCAAGCCAAUUUACAGCGAACAGGAUUUAAACAAGCUGGUAGAAUAUGUGAAAAAUCUCACGGUGCUUCCUUCUAUCAAGGAUUCCGAUUGGAGCCAAAACUGUGACACGGUUAUUCGCGAAUACUUUGAAAAUCCAGCUCACGCUUUACUGAGCGUAUAUUUCGACACUUCGGAAUGCGCGUUAAGGGUGCAAUUAAGCGUGCCCGAAGAGAGCCACGGCGGCUUUGUGUAUUUCCUACGAACACCCUGGCACGUAUUCACCGUUGAAAAUUUUCACGCCACCGUAGUGUUCGGCAGCAUCAAUCGGCACGCUAUGAUGUGCGUGCUAAAAGCGAUGGAGAACAUGUACGUGCCCGUAGCAUUGAACAGCAGUGAAUGGCCGGAAAUCAUUAGAAAUAAUCUGUUCCGCAAUCUGCACAAUUUUCUGAUGUGCUUGACCGAGCGAGUUUACAAGCCGAUGGGAUUGACCAAGUUAUAUAUACCGAGGGAGAAACUGCCUGAAGUCGCAACAUCGUCGGUAGAUGAAAAAGCGGGCUCGCCCGAAGAAAGUAGACAACGCGUUUCCGAGGAGUUGAGCGAGUCGAAGAAGGCAAUAAUAGAAAGACUCGAAGGGAUCGUACGAUGUUGGAUCAGACAGAUCCGCGAGGUACUGGCGAGCACGUCCACGAACGAAAACAGGCAGACCGUGUUCGACGAGUUGCAAUAUUGGACGGCGAUAUAUUUCGAUCUGUGCUGUUUGCACGAUCAGCUCUCGCACGAAGAAACUCAAACGAUACUGCGCCUGCUGGAGAACGUUCGUUCCCCGAGCGUGGAUUCCUUUCAUCACUUGACCGUACAGCUUCACGAAGGACUAGAACAAGCAGCGUCCAAUGUGACGUAUCUAAAAGUCUUAUCGGAUGCCUGUAACGAUCUCAAGUGUCCGGACGAAGUCGAAGAACCCGUGACGAAAGUUAUGCUCCUGAUAUUAUUCAUUUGGACGGAAUCGUCGUUCUAUAACACGUCAAACAACAUUGAGGUACUUUGCCGAGCCGUGAGUGCUCAGGUGGUGCAGCAAUGCAAAGAAUACGUCGACUUACAAGCGUUAUUAGAGGGUGCCGCGGAAAAUGGAACAAGCGUACUUCGGAAGUGCAUAUCUUGCUGCCGCACGUACAGAACCGUAUACGAUAAGGUCACGAGUAUAACCGGCACUAUUAAGUCAAACGGAGACUGGAGCGUGAACGAUCUCACGGUCUUUAAUCGCAUCGACACGUUCACGCGCAGGUGUUACGAUCUCAUCGAGAUAUGCGAUGCCUUGAUAGUGUUUGGAAGGCGCAACAAGGUGGGGAUGAUCGGCAGUGCGAGGGGUACGCAAUACGAGGCGUAUUGUCGCAGAAUAGAGGAUCUGUUUUACGAGAAUCUCGACGAGAUCAAACUGGUCCGCGACGACAUUCUAGACGUUACCAAAUGCACGUGGCUUGACAACAUGCAGAAGUUCAGGGGCUCCGUAAUGGAAUUGGAGAACAUGGUCAAGACCUUGAUUGACCGCAUAUUCGAAGAGGUUCAAAACGUCGAGGAAGGUGUCGAAGCUAUUUACGCCUUGCAGCGUUUCAAGCACAGAGAAUCUUUGCGCGAUGUGUUAUCCAUGAAAUGGGUACAGGUAUGGAAAAUAUUUGGCAAAGAAAUCGAGAGUUGCAGCAACAGCAUGACAUUGCGCGAAGUGUAUCAUCCAUUGUUUCAACAUCACGCGAAAGAUGCCAACUUGUUGUGCAUCGCUCGAUAUUUAGAACGAUUGUUCCAUAUGAUGAUCGACGCAUCUGACUGGAUAGGAGAUUGUGCAGCUCAGAAGUACAUAUUAGAGCGGUACAAGCAAGUGACGAGCGCUAUCGAUAAUAAGAAACCGCAUGACACAUUUUAAGAUCGACGAAUAAAAAGUAUCAUUAUAAAUAAAUUAAUUUCAG